UUUUUCCAUAUCUCUAAGAAACACAGAGAUAAUAAAAGCGAUAAAAGUUAUUGUCCCACUCUGUAUUAUUGCACUAUCUAACUUUUGAUUCACUAUCAGACGUUAAAAUUGUGUCAAUCAAGAAGGUGGAAAUUGAAGAUUGUAUUCAUAAUGUGGCAAUCAAGUACGUUUAUUACCCAUAUGGCUAUUAUUAGCAUGGGUUUCAUUCACGGUGUAUUUGCUACGACGAUAUCAAUUUAUUCGAAGAACUUCGAAGAAGAUCUUAGUCUUCACUUCGAAGAACCUAUGGACAAGUGCGAUAAUUCGGAUUAUGAAAUCGUAAAACUUGUUAAAAUGGGAAUAAACGUUUUAAGGGAAAACUUCAUCGAAAGCGCGAACGUGCGAUCUAUCAAUCUCGAAGACAACUCUAUCAUUGAUAUCUCUCCGGAUGCUUUCAAAGCUAUUCCAAAUUUGAUCUGUCUCAAUCUUGGACAGAACGCUGCAAAGAAUAUAUUCAACAAAUUUUUAAAUUAUUUUUACCAUCCUUCAUUAGUGAAACUAAACUUACAUCGAGCUUCUGCAAAAACAGUUGCGUACGAUUAUGAAAAUCUACGUUCAUAUCCUGACACUGCAAUACCGUUAAAAAGUUUCCUACCUCAUGUCACGCAUUUGGAUAUUAGCGGAAAUAAUUUAGAAUAUUUACCUCAGUAUUUUAAAUCUUCAUUUCCCAGUUUAACGCAUCUUUACUUGUCGGGUAAUAGAUUGACAAAUUUGGACAAUAUUCCUCCGUCAACACAAGUUAUAUAUCUUGAAAGAAAUGAUUAUAAUAUUAAACCGUUGUAUUUUCCAAAAAAUAUUUCUGCUUUAUUUCUUAAUGAUAAUACUAUAACAAGUUAUAUUAGAGACUUUGAUAACCUUAAUGUAUUGUCUAUUCGUAAUUGCAAGAGCUAUUAUUCAGGGACUUGCGGAGUUGAAAAAUGUAAAAAUCUUGUUGAUUUGGAUAUGUCAUCAAACAAAAUUAAAUACAUUUAUAAAGAUGAUUUUGAAACAUUGAAAUCUUUGCAACGUCUUUCUUUAGAUCAUAAUACUCUUUCAAUCUUAUCUUUUUUAACCCAUUUGUCUUCUCUCACAGAUCUGUCCAUAGCAUAUAAUAAUCUAACCAAUAUCACGUCGGAUAACAUCGCGCGUCUUGGACGUUUGAAAACACUAAAUUUGCGUGGAAAUCGUAUUUCGAUAAUUUCGGAAAAUGCUUUCUUGAAUUUGAAUAUGUUAAAAAAACUUGAUCUUGCGGAAAAUAAACUAACUACUCUUCCUGCUACAUGGAUGAAUACUUUGACAAAACUGCGCUAUCUUAAUUUACAAUCGAAUUUCUUUACUAGCAUCGAAAACAUGUCGAUAUAUAGUUAUUCAAAUUUAAAUCACUUAUUUGUGCGCAACAACAGUUUUAUACAGAUAAAAAUGAAGAGUUUAGAGAGAUUACCUUCAUCUGUUGUCAUUCAUGUAACAUAGAUUUAUAAUUUUACGUAUAUAACAUAAAUGGUUUUUAGUAUUUUUAAAAUUAUUAAUUAUUAUGAAUAGCAUAAUAUAUAUUUUUGUCAUCAUUUAUAAUAUAGUAUGUUUAAUGAAAUAUUAUCAAUUGCGAACAAUUUGUAUUGUGUUCGUUAAUCUUAUUUUUAUCAAUUUAAUUAUUAAUUCGAUCGAUUAAUUAACUUUAUUUUUAAUAAUAUCAGGAAUAAAGUAAAAUAGAUGUGAUUGUUUUAUUCGUAGAUCUGAAAACCUAUAUAAAUUAUCAACGAACACUGAUUAUAAUGACAACAUUACGUGGAGUCGAUGAGAGUUCACUUAUUGAAAUCGCAAAAUGAGAAUGUUAUAGAGAUACAAAUAUUCAAUUUCAUCAUUUAUUUGCACGAGAUUGUAGUGAUGUAUUGAAACAGAAAAAUAAAGACAAAAAUAUUAA